UUCAAUGUAGCAACAUCGCGUAUAGAUUUAAAUAUCUCAAGACAUUUACAAUUCGGUGUCAGGCGUAUUAUUCUUGCAAAAUUGUUCAUUGCUAGAUUCUUCUGUUUUGAUCAAUAUAUAGAUUCUUACAGACAAUAUUUUUCUAACAGUAAUUUCUUAAAAUUCGAGAAAUUACAUUAAUAUGACGUUCCAAAAAUUUUUAUUAAGUGGCGGACUAGUGUUGAUCGCUACAAUAACUAUUACCAUACCUACUGCUAACUGUUUCGAAGAUGACGAUCCGGUUAAUAAGAACUUGCCAAAAAUAGUACCGUUGCAUUACAAUGUCGAAAUACGAUUUUUCUUCAAGGACAAUAUUUUACUCGGAGAAUGUGAUAUUCUUAUAAACAUAAACCGUUCAUUGUACUUAAUUACAAUGAACUCCGUACCUGUUUAUAUAAAUAAAGCAGUCAUAAUUGAUAGUAAAAAUAUUACGAUUAAAGCUUCUACAAUUAAUAACAAAUUCAAGAAUACUCUUACUAUUUAUUUGCACAAAAAUGUAUCUCCUGAUAUAUACAAGUUAAAAAUAGCAUAUGCGCGUAUUAUACAUGAAAACACAAAUUUUUCGCUACCUGUAUAUCAAGACAUAUUAGGUGAAAAAAUAUUGAACGAAACAGGUGUCGAGGUAAUGAAAGCCUUACAACUAUUUCCGCACAUGAAUGAGUCAACCAUAAAUUCCACAUUUAAAAUUGCUAUCAAACAUGGUGAAGAAUAUACAGUUUUAUCGAAUAUGCCUAUACGAGCACGAAAUAUAGCUAACAAUUGUAUGAUGUGGACUCACUUUGAAGAAAUAGUAUCAAUGUCUCUUCAACAUAUAAGGGUUGUGAUAACCACAUUUACUAAUAUUUCUAGUCACCUUGCAAAUGUUACCAUAUGGUGCAGACAAAGUGCUCAGCAACAAAUUUAUUAUGCAAAAUAUAUCAUUGAAGAGGUUAUUCCUUAUUUUAAACAAAAAUAUUUGAGGCCAUUAUCAAAACUGGAUAUUGUUGCGUUGUGGCAUCCUCAAGAUGAUAACGAUGCCUCAUUGGGACUCGUUUUGCUGAGAGAAGCAGAUAUUAUUUACAAUGAAACCUUGCAUCCCGUUACACGCAAGAGAGAAAUUGCACACAUAAUGGCGCGUCAAUUGGCUUUACUUUGGUGUGAAGAUGCGUUACUUUGGUCAAAAGAAGGUUUUGUUACAUUUUUCGGAGCGUAUAUUUUGGAUCAGAUAAACAAAGAUGAUCACAUGAUGAAUUUAAUGGUCGUGCAAGCACAGCAAGAUUCUUUACGUUACGACACUCCUUCUACUAUGUAUUCACCAACGUUGAAUAGCACAAACAUUUCUCAAGACAUUUCACUAGGAUCUGCUCAAAAUCAAAUAAAAUCAUUUAUAAUAUGGCGCAUGUUAUACAAUAUCAUUCCUGAUGCGUUUUGGCGUGGUAUCCACACAUAUAAAAAUACAUAUAAACACCGUAUGUAUUUAAACACGACACCAGAUGAUUUAUGGAACACUAUGCAAACUAUUCAUUUUCACAAUGAAAAUGACCCGAAACAUAUGCUCAGUUCUGAUUUAAAAGAAAUAAUAACCAAUUGGAUAACGACAAAAUAUUAUUUUGUUCUAAAUGUGACACAAUAUCGUUUUACACCUAUGGCGGCUUUCGACAUAAAAUACAUUCAAUCUCCCUAUGUAUUAGUUAAUGAUGAGACAAAAAUUUGGAUCAAUGUAACAUAUAUGUGGCAAUCAUCUGUUAAUUUUAACAAGACUAUUCAUUCGUUUUGGUUAACCUCGAAUAAAUCACAUACAGUAUUUGAUUACAGUAACUCUAAUGUAACGGAUUGGAUUAUAGUUAAUAUACAACAAACUGGAUACUAUCGCGUCCAUUAUGAUAUCGAAAACUGGAAGAAACUAAAGAGCUACUUAAACUCUAAAAAUUAUGCGAAAAUACAUAUUCUUAAUCGUGCUCAAAUCAUCGAUGAUGCGUUUUACUUCUUUUUACAAAGACAACUCAGUUACAACUUGUUUUGGAAUCUUACGAGGUUCGUAACACGAGACGCGAAUUUUGUCACAUGGUAUCCUAUGAUCAAAGUUUUGGAAUCUUUUGCUUGCCUAUAUCCGCUUGAAUAUGGUUUGAAAGUAACGAGAGACAUGAAAAGCAGAAUAAAUCAACUUCUUACAAAAAUAGGGUACACUGAUAAACCGAGAGAUCAUACUCUUACCAUAUAUUUGAGACAAGAAGCUGUAAAAUGGGCAUGUAUACUCAAUGUUUCUGAGUGCCAAAAAGUAGCUACUUCGAAAUUCAACAAGGAGCUUCAAAAUUCUGUAGAAAACAAGUAA